ACAUCCCUAGAAAUUGUCAACCAAGCAUGCGCACUAAAGACACAGAAUGCAAUUGAAUGAAAGUCAAUUCAAACAAUUGAAAUUGUUUGAAUUUCUUUUGAUUCUCGUUCGACAACAGGUGUAAGUCGUGACAUUUUAAAAAUGAAUCCAAUUGAUUUCGUGAAAUCAUCUCGAGCUUGUGAAGAUGAGAUAUUGGACUCUGUGAAGAAGACAAAAUUGCACAGCAAUGCAAUUCAACGACAAAAAGAACGCACUGUAAAGGAUUGCGUUAUUAAACAGAUUAACGUUUUAACUCAAAAAGCUGAAAAUGGUAUUGAAAUCCUUGAAAUUAAAAAAAGCGGAUUAAAAUGCAGUAUCGACCAGGCAUCAUCGGGCGACCCGGAAGAAAUUCACUCGUUGCGGCUGGAUCUACUUAAGAAACAACAAGAACUCAUUAGAAAAUAUUCGAAACUUCGACGUGAUCAGGUUGAUUUUAUCAUUAAUCAUACAAUACAAAUCGAAGAACUUAAGAAAUGUAUUGAAUCAGCAAAAACUUUGAAAUUUGAACUCUUGAAAUCUAAGCAUUCAGCGCAAGAUAACGCUGAAAACAUUUGUGAGAAUAACAAUACAUUGAUUUCUGCCAAAGAACAAACUCGCUACCAGAUUAAACAGGUAGAAGAAACUAAACGACAAAGUUUAGCAGAAGUUACUAAGGAAAUAAAGCGAGUGGCAAAUGCUACAAAUGAUAUUUUUAUUGAAUCUGUUUUGUUCCAUAAUCAACAAAUUAAUAAGAUGCUUCAUGGUAUUAAUAUUCAAAACAUUACAAAAGACGAUGACCAUAUAACAAACCUUGAACGCAAGUUGUUAUAUAAAGAAAUGGAGUUUAACAAUCUUACAAACGAUCUAAAUAAACUCAAAGUUGUCAAUACUAAAAUUUCAAGGGAAAUAGCGACUGGAAAAGAAAACCUAGAAAUCUUACAUUAUAAUCUUGCCCUUAUUAAAAAACAAUUGAACUUUUAUGAAGCACAAAUUGCCAAAAGAGAAUCCGUCGGCGCAGAAUUCCAAAAAAAGCAACAAGUUCUUGAAGAACAAGAACGUUACUUGAAGACAAUUGCAGUAGAUUUGACUGAAUUUAAUCAGGAGCGUGCACCAAAGUUACCACAAAUUAACAUUGAUAUAAUAAAAGUUAAAGAAGAAAUGGCUAUACUGCAAACUGAGUGUAAGGAAGAUGAAACUGUGUUUCUGAAAGAAAAAAACCUACUUGAACAAGACUUUUCUAUUGUCACCCAGAAACAAAAGCGUUUAAUAAUAAAUUUAGAAAAGGCUAAGAAACUAAAGGAGAAUUUAACGGAAACUUACUCUAAAAUGAGAGGUACUAAAUCAAGUUUUAAAACUCCUGUGAAAAGUCCAGGUAAUCGCAAAGUAACAUUCAAUCAAUAUGUAACUGAACGCGAAAUCACUGAUGAAUCAUCAGAUGUACCUUCCUCGCAGAAUUUGAAUUAAUUACUGCAAAAUUAAAUAUUUAGUUAUAAGAUUGUAGAAUUAUUAUUGAUUUAAAAAAAUUAAGUUUUUAAACAUGUAUACUUCAGUUCACGAUUUAUAUGCGUAGCAUUUAUGCAUUCACAAUGACAUAAUUUUUCUGGUUUUCCCAAAAUUUAUAAUCGGCUUAAUAAAUUCAAAGAAAUGAUCUAACUACAGGAGUGUUAAAGUUUUACCUCUGCCAACUUUAAGACAAUAGAGUGGGGAUGCAGCUGCGCAUAUCAAACUCGAAAGAGUGCCAUUUACUUGUGAUAACACAAAGGAGGUGACAACAUCGAAACUGUGUACUGAAGCAUCGUGAGCCGCGGAUAUUGUCAUAGCGUAAACAAAAACAAUACGAUUAUAUCUUUCGUUAUAGCUAUGUGCGCAGUGUAAAUAUUUGAAAAUUUAGUGUAAAGUGCACUUUGCUAUGGAACAAUUGGCAUAUCCGAUACGUCAAUUGUUGACGAUGCCGCAGAUCUUCAAGAAUAGAGAUUUCGAUGAGCCGGUGGUCCGAAUGUCCGAUAUUGAGUCGCCAACAGAGUCGUUUAAUCUGAGUGAGAAUUUUAAGAAUAUAUCAGAUAAAAUGGCUGAGAAGUUGGAACCAAUUGACAACGUUGCCGCAACGGAAAAUUUAAAUCAAGAUUUGAAUGAUUUGGACUUUAAUAAAUUUGUUCAUGAUUUAUCACUCAAUAUUCCAAAUGGUGAUGCGGUUUCGCCCGUUCGACACCCAAAAGGCCGAUUAUUAUAUAAGCAUACUACGCAUAAAGAAACUAUCAUCUUUGAUAGUCUGCCGCAACGUGAUUCCGAUGAUAUACAAGUAGUUAAGAUAAAAAUAACAUGGCCGAAGGAUUACGAAAAAAGCACGAUUUCUGUACAACCAAUUGCUAGCACCACUUCGACAUUUAAAAAAAGCAAAAAUCCUGCACUUAAAUCGGUAGGACCAUCGCGGAUGCCGACAAAUGGACACCACUUGCCAAUAAUGGGCAAAGCAGCUCUCAUGAACAAGCACAGAAAUUCCGAACACUUUAAGAACAAUGAUUCCGAGAUUAUUAAAGAGCUAGUCACGCAGCGAUUUCAAGAUUCUUUAUUGAACUAUUACCAGAGAAGUUUUCAUCGGCAGCCAUUACGAAUCCGCGAUGAAGAUGACACUCUUGGAAUUUCAUCAAUUGCGUCAGAAUCGAUGUUAUCUAUUUCAUCAUUGCCGGAUAUGAGAGAGGCAUCAAGUUCGAGAACACGAACUCAUUCAUUUAGGGCCAGCACAGCUUGUUCUAGUCACGGUAAUUGCCUGGAAAGUGCACAUAGCACAAACACUAUCAAUUCGCUUGGCAGCAUAGGCAGCUUCACAGAAGAUAUGAAAUUUCUGGUUUCUACUGAUGCCUGGAACGUAGAAACUACGAAUGAAAUAAAUAGGAAUCAUUCAACAUUUACACAGUCACCUCCUACGAAGAUUUGCAAUUCAGACACGAUUGAGUAUGAUGCGACCCAAUUUUUGAAAGAUGCUCUGGGAGACGAAUUAAAUAACUAUCAGUCGACUGAUGCUUCAUGGUAUAUGAAUAGUAUUGGAACUUCAAAUAUCUCAGCAUUAGUUUCUAAAGCUGACACACAGGAAUGCCACUCCAUAAUCUAUGAGGACAGCGUUCCAGAAUCCGAAUUCGAUAAUUACCCCUUCAAUGACCGUGUGAGUGAAUUGCUAGUGGAAUCGGACGUGCAAUAUCAGGUAAUACUUCAAACAUCUAAGGCCUUAGCAUUCUGCAGAAGUACCAAGGAGUUUUCCGCAGGAGACGAAGAACUUGAAGCAGAGAGAAUUUUAUUGCUAGCCACAUGUAAACGUGACGCUAUCCGUGCUGAGAUCUGCCGAUUAGAAGCUGAGGAAACCUACAAUGAUUCAAUACCCAACAGUUACGGCAGCAUUAAAAUUACGCAAAUCGUACUGCCACCAAAACAGUGUAACUCAAUCUACGCAUCAAAACUUAUCGACAAAAAGAAAAAAAAGAAGUUUGUAGAUUGGUAUUUAUGCAUCUUUACACAUGGUAUUUCGGUUAUUGCCACCACUGCUGUACAAGCUGACAUAGAUGGAUUUGUUCGUUUCCGGGAUGAAAUUAUUUUUAGCCAAUUGAGUCCCGACUUUGAAAUUCAAAUUGCGUUAUACUCUAUGCGCGUUUGUUGGCAGAAACGAACAAUGAGUCACGAGACCAAAUAUCAUUUGAAAGAUGACACCACCAUUUGUCCAAUGUCGCCACCGAGACUAUUCAAAACUGGAAAGGAGUAUAAGAACGUUGUUAUAUCGAAUUCCGUUGAUCAGAAAUCAUCAUACAUUUUGGGUGGUCAAUUCAAACUGAAUAUUAGCAAUAUUAGCAAUUUUGGACAUUUCAAGAUGCAUCUAAACAUGCCCAUGCUGGACGGCAAUUUCAUCAUGGAUUUUGUUUCAAGUGUUACUGUAAACGAGAAUUGCUCUGGUUUCCUCGACGUAGGUCUUGAAACUGGGGAAACGAUUAUAUGGAAUCGAAGAUGGUGUACGUUACACGAGGGUUCUUUAAGAUACUAUAAUUAUCCUGGUGAAGAAAAUCCUUUGGGAUUUAUUAAUCUGUUCUACUGCGCGACAGCAUUAAUAUCCUUAGCUGAUCGACGAAUUUGCGCAAGACCACGGACACUUUUGGUGGAAACUUUUACUAAUACACACGACACGAUUGAAGCACGUACCACAUUAAAAUAUUUUUUGGCCGCCGACUCGAAACAAUACAUGGAGAUGUGGUCUUAUAAAUUAAACAAUACUAUUGUGGCGCUACGUACUUGGAACACAAUGAAGUGCAAUACUUCGUAAUAAUAGAAGAUAAGAUUUUGAAACAGAAAUAUUAUGAUAAUUGUUCAUAUUUUACAAUUUGCUUUAAACUCUUUAUAAUUAGACACUUUGACUAAA